UCGGAAGAUCAGUCAUAACGAUAAGAUAAUAUUUAAAUAUAAUGUUUUUAAAAGUAAUUCGUCGAAUCCAAGUUACUGAUGUGACUUUAAAUAAACAUCAGCAUGUCUAUAAUAAAUGAUUAGACUUAUGAUUUAAUUAACAUAAAUAUUCCAAAACAACAAAUGAAGAUAUGUUAAAGUGCAUUAUGUUUAUCAUGCAUUUAUUAUUAAGGUAUUUUAUUUCUACAUUUAUAUUAAAAUUAUAAUAAUUUUUAAUAUUUCCUAAAUACGAAACAUUUUCUGAAUUCGAAAGUAUCUCUUUGAUGUUCCGAUGUAAUUACCUGGGCAUUUAUGUCUCAAUAUCGUUAAUAUGUAUUAGAAGAAUAAACUAGAUACCUCAUGUAAAUGACAAGCAGAUAAAUGAAAAAAGAUGUAAGUAAAUAACGAGAGAAAUAUCCAAGAUAUGCACGUGCACCAGUCGCAUUGUUUCACAUCGAAGCGUACACUUCGGUGGCUCAAGAGCGACUGACGCGUCAAAGUGUAUAGCUGUCUAUUGCGCUUGCGCUCACAUACCUAGAGAGUGAAAUAUAUCUAUAUAUUUUCUUAAUUUUGCUCAGCAAUUUACUUAUAUCGUAAAAUGUUCUUCUUAUAAUACACAUUAUUUGGUAUAUUUAGAGUAUCUGUUCUUUACCAUAAGAAAAAUUGUGAAAAAUUACUAAACCUUUCCUCUAAUUUUGUCUUAACAACAACGCAUAGAUAUUAUAGUAGAAAUUUGAUAAAGAAGAAGAUAGUGUCCUUAUCGAAAGAUCAGUUGUUUCAUUGCUGCUCCAACUACGCCAAAUGGUAUUUGCAGGCAAACGUUGUUUUAAGCUUCAUCGAAUUAUGCUUCUGGCUUUGGGAUUAUGGCCAUAUCAGGAAUCAUUUAUCUGGCGAAUACAAUCAGUUUUCUUCUUUGGCACAUACUGCUGCUUUAUAUUUUUUCAAUUUACGCCAUUUUUAACGACAACUUGUAACAUGGAGUGUAUUAUGAAAAGAUUUUCUUAUAUUUGUAUUACUUUCGCUUAUGUUAUGAAUUACUACGCACUUUACUUCAAUUCUAAAGUUGUUAAGCAAGUGUUAGAACAUAUGCAGUUCGACUGGAAAAUGUUUGAAAAGAGUGACGCAAUGAAAAUAUUUGAAGAAUAUCUCUCUGAAUCUUAUAUUCUCGCAUUAUCUCUGUGCAUUGGUGUUUUAGGUGUUAUUGUUCUAGGUGCAUUUGGAUUCAUAAUUAUUGAAUGUAGAUCUAUCAUUCUUGAUGUUAUCGCACCAAUGAAUGAAUCUCGACCACGUAAACUUGAACUAGAUCUUGAACUUUUCGUGAACGAAGAACAAUAUUUCCUUUUGUAUUUUUUACAGGAGAUAAUAGGAAUGGGGAUCGGUAUUUGGUCGAUAAUUACGACUGGAACAUUCCUAAUUACAAUAGCGAAACAUUCAUGUGCAUCAUAUAAAAUUGUUAGUUAUUUAAUGCGAAAUACGGUCAUCUAUACGUUACAACUUCCUGUUGUCCAAAGAAUACAAUUUAUGCAUCGGAAUAUUUGUCUUUCAGUUUACAUUCAUAGAAGAACAAUGGAGUUCUGCAAAGGCUUGUUACUUUCGUUUGAUAUGUGGUAUUUUCCAUUACUUUUGACUUGUGCAUUGUCCUUAAGUUGCCAACUAUUUCGCCUAUAUAAUGCUAUAAUACAGUUCAAUGACUUGUAUGAUAUUUUAGUGACUUGUGCGACUGUGUUUUGUUAUUUCGUAUAUAUGAUUGCGGGAAAUUUUCUUGGACAAACUUAUACUGAACACAGUUUUACAAUAUUAGUAGCUAUGUAUGAUUCUCUUUGGUAUGUAGCGCCAGUACCGAUUCAAAAAUUGUUCUUAAUUAUGCAAAAAUCUAUAAAGAGUCAUAAACUAGUAUUGGGUGGUCUUUUUACUGUGUCUAUAGAAGGAUUUUCUACGCUUGUGACUACGGCUGUGUCAUAUUUUACAGUCAUUCACGCUGUACGUUCAUGAUUAUGUAUUAUAACGACGAAAUAGGCAAGAAGAUUUAGUUAUUCAGAGCAACGCUUACAUGCGUAAAAGUAGUUAUUCUUACAUAGAUAAGUAAUGAAAGUUAUUAAGAAUGAUGCUACGUUAUAUGAUGUACAUCAUAAAUAUGUGUAAUUGGCACACAUCGACUAUUUUGAAGAAGACAUUAUUUCUUUAAAUUUGUUAGUAUAGAUUUUAUAUUAAUUUAUUUACCUGUUUUUUUGGCGGGGGGGAGAGAGGGUAAUAUUGGUUGCUAAUUAAUAUAUUAUACUUUAUAAGUAUUCAUUAUUAAGUUUGAUUAUUCUAUCUUGAGAUUGAUUAUGUGCGAUAUGAUAUUAAUAUAUUUUAUUAAUUGCUGUACUUAAUAUGACAAUUAACCAUGUAAUUCGUUAUAACAUAUAACAUGUUAUAUAUUGUUUUCCAAAAAUAAAUUUCCAGUGCACGCAUGCCAGACACGCAAAUCGUAA